CAAGCGCAACAUGACAACCCUCCGACCAUUCCGCAUCCCGAAAUAACACGCAAAAAAUCAUACGGGUUUGCGAUAGCGCGACAAGAAGCGAUUCAAACCGCCAUGGCUUCGGGAGCGGCCACCACGGCGAUGCGCCGCGCCGUGCUGCUCCCGCAACGCGCCAUCGGCGUGGGUGCAACCUCCGGCUUCGGCCACGCGGCUGCGCCAGCGGCAGCAGCGAUGGCUGUGUCUCCCCUCCCCUCGUCCCUCCCCUCGUCGGCCUUCUUCCCCGCCAGCCGACAGACCACCCGCCCUUUCUCUUCCGGCUUCGGGGGCCGGAAGACCCCUACGAUACCCCGGACGUCCCCGUCCCCCGCCCCCACCCCCGCCCCCACCGCUGCCACACCCCGCCUCCCCCUCGGAGCCCGGCAGUGUCUGGGACAGCCCCGGUGGGCGUCCCCGAUCAACGCACUCCGCCGCCUCUCGACGACGCGCCCCACCCUCCAGCAGAAGGGCGAGCCGAAGGAGGUGACCGUCGGCAAUAAAGAGCCGGCCACGCUGGAGUCGAAGGAGGAGGAUGUGGACGAGCAUCUGGAGACCCACGGCUUCCAAAGGAGCGAGAAGGCGGCCAAGGCUGCCCAAAUCAACAUGAGCGCGCGUCUCUCUAAGGAAGGCGUCGGCGCGCGCGGCAAGCCCGGCGUGUCCGAAGUGUGGCGGCUUGUGAGGAUCGCGCGGCCCGAGAUCAAGUGGCUCAGUGCCGCCUUCUUCCUGCUGCUCAUCUCUUCGGCCGUCACCAUGUCGAUCCCGUUCUCUGUCGGUCGGAUCAUGGACCUCUCCACCAAGGGCUCUAUCGACGAGGCUCAGAUCUUCGGCCUCACCCUGCGGCAGUUCUUCUACGGUCUCGCCGCGGUCCUGACCAUCGGCGCGACGGCCAACUUUGGGCGCAUCAUCCUGCUGCGGAUCGUGGGCGAGCGUGUGGUGGCGCGGCUGCGCACCCAGCUCUACCGCCGGACGUACGUGCAAGAUGCCGAAUUCUUCGACGCCAACAGGGUCGGUGACCUGAUCUCGCGGCUGAGCUCCGACACGGUCGUUGUCGGCAAGAGCAUCACGCAGAACAUGUCGGACGGCCUGCGAGCCCUGGUCAGCGGUGCCGCUGGUUUCGUCAUGAUGGCCUGGAUGAGUCCUAAGUUGACGUCGCUCAUUUUCGUCAUGGUCCCGCCGAUGGCCAUCGGUGCCGUUCUAUAUGGACGCAGCAUCCGGCAGCUUAGCAGGCAGAUCCAGAAGAACCUGGGUUCCAUGUCCAAGAUCGCCGAGGAGCGCCUGGGCAACGUCAAGACGAGCCAAGCUUUCGCUGGCGAGGUUCAGGAGAUCCACCGGUACAACAAGCAAGUGAGAAAGGUCUUUGCGCUCGGCAAGAAGGAGUCAUUCAUCUCAGGAACGUUCUUCGCUACGACCAGCUGGGGCGGCAACAUGACCAUCCUAGCGAUGCUUAUCGUGGGAGGAAACCUCGUCCGCUCGGGAACGCUAUCUCUCGGUGACCUCACCUCAUUCAUGAUGUACACGGCAUUUGCAGGGUCUAGUCUCUUCGGACUAAGUGGUUUCUACUCGGAGCUGAUGAAGGGGGUGGGCGCCGCCAGCCGUCUGUUCGAGCUCCAGGACCGCAAACCAACGAUCCACCAAACCGCGGGCACCAAAGUCACGUCGGCGCAGGGCCCCAUCAAAUUCUCCCAGGUCAGUUUUGCUUACCCCACUAGACCGGCCGUCAACAUCUUCAACGGCCUCGACUUCGAGAUCGCCUCCGGCGCCAACGUCUGCAUCGUCGGCCCCUCGGGCGGCGGCAAGUCCACCGUGGCCUCCCUAUUACUCCGCUUCUACAACCCGACCAGCGGAUCCAUCACCAUCAACGGCGUGGACGUCGCCAAAAUGAACGUCAAGUCCCUCCGGCGACGCAUCGGCAUGGUGGCGCAAGAGCCGGUCCUGUUCUCAGGCAGCAUCGCGGAGAACAUCUCCUACGGCAAGCCGAGCGCCACACGAGCGGAGAUCAUCGCGGCAGCGAAAAAGGCCAACUGCGGCUUCAUCAGCGACUUCCCGGAGGGACUGGAAACCCAAGUCGGCGCGCGCGGGGCGCAGCUGUCGGGCGGGCAGAAGCAGCGGAUCGCGAUCGCGCGGGCGCUGCUCAAGGACCCGGACAUCCUGCUGCUGGACGAGGCGACGUCGGCGCUCGACGCCGAGUCGGAGACGCUCGUCAACUCGGCCCUCGCCGCCCUGCUCCAGGGCCGCAGCACCACCAUCUCCAUCGCCCACCGCCUCUCCACCAUCAAGCGCUCCGACCAGAUCAUCGUCCUCUCCAGCGAGGGCACCGUCGCCGAGGUCGGGAGUUACGCGACGUUGAGUGCUGACAAGAAUAGCGCCUUCAGCAAGCUCAUGGAGUGGCAGAUGAGCGGCGGCGAGGUGCCCGCCGACCAGCGCCCGCCGAGUGCCGGGGGGGUGAUUAUGGAGGUGGAGGAGAUUGAGGAGGGGUUGGAGCAGGAUGGGGAGAACGAGGAGGAUGACUACUUGGAGGAGGAAGAGGAAAAGAAGAAGGAGGAAGAGGAUGAGAAGAAGCGCUAAACGGGACGCGCGGCCGCCUCCCGACUUGGGGGUUUCGGCAGCCGGGAUGGAUGGUGGGAUGCCCGGCAUUUUCCAACGGGUUACGUCGGGUUGCGUUUGGUGGGCUCCCUAAUCGGUUAGACCUGCAUCAUGGGCGUCUGGCGGGAGGGGAUUUGCUUUGCUUUGUUGGGUGUGCUGUAACUACCUAUGCACAUGCGUUCCAUUUAUUCGAUGAUUAGGAAUCUCCACUCGGACAGGAAAGGAGAAGAGAGUUGGCAACCAAAGGGCUCUGGGUUGUAUUUUUACAAGGCACAUAUGUCUUGCGGAGCGGCCGAGUUGCAUACAUAGCUUUCAUACAAUGGUAUUUUGAAGUUCCCGCUCUGAGUCA